UCAUCUCUCCUGCUCCUGUUUUGAUUCUGAAUCGAACCUACAUACUGUAUCUGAUCGGAAAAGGAAGAGGAGAAAGGGCCGCCAGCGAUGACCAGAACUAUUCCCUCAUACCGCUCUGGGUUUUCCAUCGAACCGGCUACUCCGGCGGAUAUCCCGGCCAUCAACGAGAUCUACAAUCACUCGAUCCUGCAUCAUACGGCUAAUUGGGAGACGGAGCCGAUCUCCUUGGAGGCGAGGAGGGCUUGGUACGAUGGGUUGCUCGGGAUGGGAUAUCCGGUUUUGGUCGUCAGAGAUCCCGGGGGCAAGGGGAUGAGAUCAGGGGAAACAGCGGAGGGCGAUGAGAAGGACGAUGGAGGGAUCCUGUGCGUGGGGAGUUUGGGACCUUUCAACCUCAAAUCCGGCUACUCUCUCACCGUGGAGAACUCUAUCUACUGUCACCCAAGCUCGACCGGACUCGGGCUCGGGACGCUCAUGCUCGGCCACUUGAUCGACUGGGCGAAGGAGAGGGGGAUGCAUACGAUGAUAGCCGCCAUAGGGGCCGAGUCGGGAGGGAGCCUGAGGCUGCACGAGAAGUUUGGGUUCGAGGUCGUCGGGAGACUGGGGCAGGUGGGCAAGAAGUUUGGACGGUGGCAAGAUCUCGUUUACAUGCAGCAUAUGCUGCAGGAUGAGAGAGAGGACAAGGACCAAAAUAGAGCUGGGGGAAGAGGGAGACGGAAAGUAGGGAGGUUGGGAAUGGAGAGAGGGAGGACGUCGAGCAGAGGUGAGCGUGUGUAUUGACUGGAAAAGACCGGGGGUCCGGAUUUUCAAGGCCGGAUCGAAAGCGGUCGCCAAUGAAACCAGAUGACGAUCGUCUUCCCGCUGGGCCAUUAAAACAGCUAUAUCAUAUAACUCAAGAUGAAUAUAACAUAUAAUUCUAGAUUCA